AUGGAAACCUGCGAGGGAGUUCUUUUGAUCCCUCCUGAACGGGGUCAAAUUCUGGGCCGCGCAGUCUGGAAGCCGCGAUAUGUCGUGGUUGGUAGCCGCCACAUCCAAAGAGAAGGCGUAGCAAGUCCUACACUUCCCCAGACCAACGCAACGGCCCGUACCAAUGGAGCUGUUACCCCCAAAGUUCCGCUGAAACCUAUCGCGACCGACGACUACUACAUCUCCAUCUUCAAGUCAAAGGUAAGGCUCAACACGACCGAGUUCUCUGGCCAAAACCUAAGCCACCUGAACUUGCAGGACGAUUGGGAACCUUCUUAUCAAUACCCGGUUAGCUCUGUUAUCGAUUGCCAGGUGCAGAUGCUCGCCCACCGCAAGCAAGGUCCAGUCUUGCCUACCCUUGUUGUCACCAUCAACGACAAGGAGAAGAAGCGCCGGUCGAGUAGGGCUGCCGGCUUGAUUUCCAGCAAGGAAUCUACUGCUACCACCUUAUGGUUCCGGACGCCUCCCGAUGACCACCAUAUCAGCCUCCACGAAUGGGCCCGCUUCAUCAUCUCAAGGAAGCUUCCCAUGAGCCCGGAAGAGAGCCCAGCAUCUCCUUCCUUCACCAACCCAUUUUCUCCCCAACAGCAGCGGCCCCGAGAGAUGCCCGAUUUCUUCCCCCGCCCGUCAAGCGGGAACCCGAAUUCCCGUUCCACUCUUCAGCACAAGAACUCAUCUCAGACCUACUCAAGCAGGGAACGACCUGUAACAUUGGGCUCGGAUUCUCCAAGCUUGCGCUCCAAGCGCAGUGACGUCUCGUCGCCCACAAGCAUUCAUCACCCGGCACAUCUGGGCUUCCCGGCUCCCGAUCCAAACAAAUACACCACUGUCCUUCCUACCGAUAUCCCGUCUCCAAUUACAACCAUGAGCGACUACCAGCAGAGUGAGUUUAUUGAAGGCUGGACAGCAGCCCAGGGGAGAUCGUCAACCGUCAGCUCUCCCAUUCGCGGGCGCGGCAGUGUAAGCUCUGGCGGCCCCCAACCUUUCCCUGGAGCCGACUCCAGCUCGCCACCUGGGCCACGAGAAACGAUCCUUGACAGAGCAUUCCAUUUAAGAUGCAUCCCUGGGUCUGAGCGCGAGGUUCCGGGCGAGGAAAAGCUGACGUCCCUGGCUCGGUUUGAUGCUUUGAUGCGGGAGGCAGAUGAAAGACGACAUCAUCAGGUGAACGCCGCGGAAGCUGAGAGGGCUGCCAUGCAGAGUGCUUUUGACGUGGAUGAAGAUUCAUCCGAGGAUGAGGAAGGCGACGAUGACGAUGACGACGACGAUGACGAGGAAGACUACCGUGAGGAAGAGCAAGACGAGUACGCUCAUGAGGCGGAGGUCAACGGUAAUAGACAUACGUUGAUCCCUCCGAAUGCGCAACGCGCCCUCGAAUUCCUUGCCAACCGGCCUGACGAUCUCAUGUCACCCCGGUCACCAGUGAUGAGGAGCUCACCAGCCAACUUCAGCGUUCCAUUGCAGGCGCCUGUGCGACCACACACGGCGCAUUCGAGAAUGCGGCCGAGUGCGAUGCAGAGGACAUACAGCCAACCUCAGCCCAUGGGCCAAGAACGGCUUGAUGUGCCAACCUCAUCAUCCGGUAAGAUAUCCGAAGACGGCGACUUUCGAGCCAACGGGGAUAAGCGUAUGUCCAGCUCCAGCACCAAGCGACUCAGCUUCACCGAGUUCACCAAGCGUCUCUCCAGCACCAGCAGCUUACUUCUCGUCCAGACCAACACGAGCAUCGGGAGCAGUUGCGGAAGCAGCGAGUUAGACCCAAGUCCAUCACAGGUACCCAGAGGUACUUUGAACGCUAGAGGCGUCCCUCCGCGGCCUCGUGACCUCGAAAGAGAUGAUCAAGACCGACGUUGCGGGUGGCGGAACAGCGUUGGCUUUUCCGACGGGGGCUUAAUAUAG